GGAUUUGAAUUCGCCGCCUAAAACAUAUGUAACUAGGGAAUUGCAAUAUCAAAGUUUGGUAAUUUCGUCAAUAAUGCCAACGUACAUGGCGUAGUGUUUUGGUUUACGUAUUUAUUGUUACAAUUUUAUUGUCUUAAAUAAUUUAAUUACAUUAACAAUAACAGCAAGGAGGAAAACCUUGAUUGACUAUGAGGUUGUGUGUUAAUUAAGAAGGUCACUUUUCAAUUUUUUGUCUUAUUAAAUUUAAUAAUGGACUCGAAAGAUUCCAAGAAGAAUGGCAGUGUAGACACAGAGAAUCUUAAUUUGAGUCUCGAUAUGGGAGACGACAAACUAGACGAAGUAAAUUAUGAAAGCGAUGUUUCCGCAACUACUUCGGAUACUUCUAGUGUCCCUUCAAUUAGCUCUGUUAGUUCAGACUCCUCUGGUAAAGGGCGUCGUUCAAGGCAUAAAAGAGGCCGUUCGAGAGAAAAAAGUACAUCUCCUCCGGCUAAACUAGCAAGAUCAAAAGGAAAAUCAUAUGACUAUAUGACCAAAUUAAAUUAUUUAUUUCGAGAUACUAGAUUUUUUGUAAUUAAAUCUAAUAAUGCUGAAAAUGUCACCUUGUCAAAAGCAAAGGGUGUUUGGUCUACACUUCCUCAAAAUGAAGCAAAUUUAAAUCAAGCGUUUAGAGAAUCAAGAAAUGUAAUUUUAAUAUUUUCUGUAAAAGAAAGUGGAAGAUUUGCAGGUUUUGCUAGGUUGCAUGGUGAAUCGAGGCAUGAUGUUCCUGCAAUUUCGUGGGUUUUGCCUCCAGGACUUUCUGCUAAAGCGCUAGGUGGUGUAUUUAAAGUAGAUUGGAUAUGUAGAAAAGAGUUGCCCUUCAGUGAGACAAUGCACUUGUAUAAUCCAUGGAAUGAUGGAAAACCAGUGAAAAUAGGUAGAGAUGGUCAAGAAAUUGAGCCUAGAGUAGCAGAAGAACUUUGCCGUCUAUUUCCUGAAGAUGAAGGUAUUGAAUUGACUCCCAUUUUACGUUUAUCCAAGGAAGCUGCAAAAAAGAAUGGAAUUAGAGGACCCAGGCAUCCAAAAGCUCGCAUGCCAAUAGCACUACGUAAUGCUUCUUUAAGUUCAAUAAGAGGAAGAAAUUCGUCAUACUCACGUAGAAAAUUCUUUUUGUCUACUAGGAGAUUGGCGUCGUCGGGUGCUCCUUAUAGAAGAUCGCCAUCUCCCAGAUCUAGAGAUCGUUACAAAUUUUUUUACGAUCGGGAAUCACCCCGACCUUACACAGCAGCAGCAGCCGAAGCAUAUGUUGCAGACUACAUGAGGUCCAUGCAACAUCAGCUUCCUCCUCUACCCUACGUUCCUCCACCAGGACUUUAUUCAAGUGCAGGUUACGAUUUAGCUCCCCCAAGAUACUACGAUGGACUCCCACUUCCUGAUUAUCCUGCCACAAGAAGUAUAGCAUAUUCUGACAAGAGAUCAUAUGAUAGGUCUGUAGAUGAGUUUUUAUGGAGAACAAGCGAUAGAUCAAGAGACAGAGAGCGAGAAAGAGACCGAGAAAGGGACAGAGAUAGGGAUCGCGACAGGGACCGUGAUAGGGACAGAGACAGGGAUCGUCAUCGUUACAGGGAUCGCCGGUGAACUUCGACAUGUACUGCAUUUUUCCAUUAAUUUAAUAAAAUUGUUAGAUUUAAAUUCAUUUUAUUGAUCGAUAUUUUUUUUGUGUAAGGUCAAUUGAUCGGUUCUUUCUAAAGAAAAAAUGUAUGAUUUUUGCUCAUUUUUUCUUUUUAUAAAAUUUUGUAACGGUCGAAAUAUGUAAGUACCAUAAUUUUGUGCUUGUAUUAUCCUUUUUGAGGAUCGAUAGCAUGUUACAUACAGAACACUUUAAAAUAAUAAUUAUUUUGAAGAAGUUUCUAUUUUUCUUUUGUUGAUGUUAUUGUCAUUUUCAUUAAAUUUAAGCGACUACACAAAAAAAUCAGGAAUACACUGUGUACGAUUAAAUAUUUUAUUAAAAAAAAAAACAAU